AACAUAUUCUUGCCUUAUUCGUCUCAGUGAAAAUAUUGAUAGCUUGAGAGAAUUGAUUCAUUAUUUUGGAGAUUCAAGCCUUCUAGAUUCAUCAUGCAGUUCUCCUACGCGUCAAUCCUAUCGACACUGGCAUUUACCAGUGGUAUGAUGUCAUCAUCUGCCCUAAAUGCGGAUAUCUACACCUAUAAAGAAUGCGACAAUGCAACUCUUUCGGCUCAUGGUGUCGGAGGUGCUUCACACGAGAACUCGAUUCUUUGGCACCACCCCGGCGGGGUCUCGUCUAUUUACAACAAUGACUUGGGUGAUGUUCUGUGCCGGGCACCAACUGCGGUAGUCGACGAAUUAAAGUCGCAAUACCAUGAAGUGGUCCAGCGAGAUUGUGAUGAUUGUGGAAAGUCUUGCCUGGGUUAUCCUUGCACUAGUGCAGGUCAAUGUUCUGAUAAGGGUUGUACUCUGGGCUGCUCGGUGAGGUAUGAAUGUGCUCUACCGAAUUGCCCAGGGAUGAUCACGGCGUGCGUUUAGAAUAUUGAGGGCAUCCGUGAUGAUAGUUUAACCUGUUGAUACUGAAAUAUGGAUGUGGGAAAUGUACUGUACAUGUGAAAUGUCAUGUUUUGGG